AGCGCGUGAGGUGGCGAAUCGUCCCUCGCGGCGGACGGUGAACGACUCAAUCCACAGACAUCGGAGCCCGUUUCUCCCGUUCGUCCACCGACGUAUACCCCACGCUACUAGUCUGCUUCCAUCUCCCCCUCGAAGACCUUCGACUACCGAAGCCUUCACCCGUACCGGACAUAUCGCCGUAGGGCGAGCAGAGGGAUAGAAUCUAUUGCGAAUCAAUUGAUUCGUUCGGUUCUGAUCCCUCUCCGCCGAUCUCCUUGCUGUCGAAUCACCACCACAACGGGGUCCAGACAGCCAAGAUCGUCUGGCCCCGCGUGCCCAGCUCCGAGGAGGGCGAGGCUGCCGAGGUCGAGUUCGCCAGCGGGAGCCACGGCGGCACCGGCGCCGAGAGCCUCGACUACGAGGUGAUCGAGAAUUACGCCUACCGCAAAGAGCGGGUAGAGUUUGCCCUAGGCGCAGAGAGGAAAACUGUGUUAUGUGGUCCUCAAAUGGUUGUUCUCUUUAGUUAUUGGCAUCGGUUGUAUCCUUCCCUUGUGUUGUUAAAGUUAGAGAUAUCAUCUCUGUGUUAUGGAGCAACAUGCACAAUGGCUUCCCAGUGAGUCAGAACUGCAGCAAAUUGUCUAUAUACUAAGCUUGCUGAUUGCUGAAGCUAUUUCACAUGGUUUUACAUUAAGGUGAUAGAUCACAAACAGAAUGGAGAGGCGCUUGGUAUUGGUCUCAUCCUUCGCAGUCACUUGUUGGUACUUCUAUAGUCUAAAAUGGAUUUUCAGAACAGUCCUUUUCCUUGUGAUAUGAGGGGAAUAUCCAACAGGCAGAACUUCAGUGAUUUUGUCAAAACUGACUCAAGUAAUGGAUUGUCCACAGAGGAUAUUCAUCUGACUGAGGAUGAACUGGAACUCUACUUAGAUCUUGCCUCGUACUUAAACCCUGCCCCAUAUAUUGUGCCAGAAGAUUUGUCUUUGGCAAAGGUGUACAAUCUUUUCCGACAGUCGGGCCUGAGGCAUAUAUUUGUUGUCCCUUGCCCUUCUCAUCGUAUAGGUUUGGUUACUAGGAAGGAUUUGUUAAUUGAGGAAAGUGAUCAUUCAGCAACCAUGGAACUUUCAUCAACUAGUGGAAGAGCUCAGCAUCUAGAUAGAAGAACAAUUGGUGGGACAUACACAUCCAGAGCACCCUCUUCUUGAUAGUCUUCUCAUCCACGAAUAACAAUUCAGUGAUUGUGGACUCGGUGCUCUCGCUUGUAAGAUUUGUAUUGAGCAUUUAUAGCGAGUCAUCAUAUUGAUAACAUCUAUUUUUAAUCUUAAAUCUGAUGGUUCACGUGAUGGUAUUAUAAAAAAGAGGUGGUUUCCGUUGUUCAGCCACGUACUGUAAUCUAAGAGCAGAAUUCGGUAUGCCCUAUCGUAAUUCGACGGCACGAUGUCACCCUACGUUCUCCUCCUUUGAACAUGACCCAUCACAUCAUUUUUCUAACUAGGGUAAGACAUUACGCAUAUAUCGCACUUUUGUGUGACAGCUUUUGUGAAAGGUUGGGCGAGCAAACCACGGAAUCUGUGGACAAAGUGUGAAGUGAUAUCAUGGAAAGCUCGCCUUUUAUUUGGUAUAUUGACGGCUCAUGUUGACUAAUGUUGUUCACUGACCCCAAAGUCAAUCGUUGGUCAACAUUUGACGUCCGAGUUCCUUGUCGGCUUCUCCUACAGCGUUCGAGAUCGGGA